AUGGUCAACGUCACCACAGUGACCAGAUUCCUGCUCUUGGGGUUCUCGGGGGUCCGGGAGCUGCAGCUGGUCCACGCCACACUGUUCCUGCUGGUCUACUUGGCGGCCCUGACAGGGAAUCUCCUCAUCGUCACCGUCACCAUCCUCGACCGGCGCCUCCACACCCCAAUGUACUUCUUCCUCAGGAACCUGUCCCUCAUCGACGUCUGCUACAUCUCCAUCACCGUCCCCAAGUCCACCCUCAACUCCAUCACAAACGUCAACUCCAUCUCCCUGCCGGCUUGUGCUGCCCAGGUCUUUCUUGUGAUUUUCUUGGCAGGAUCGGAGUUGGCCCUGCUCACUGUCAUGUCCCACGACCGCUAUGUGGCCAUCUGCCACCCCUUGCGCUAUGACAUCAUCAUGCACCGUGGAGCUUGUGCUUCUAUGCUGGCCGCCUCCUGGCUCAGCGGCAGUCUGAUCGCCGUGCAGUUCACUGCCAGUACUUUCUCCUUGUCCUUCUGUGGUCCCAACGACAUCCACCGGUUCUUCUGUGAACCCCCCCAGUUGCUGAGGCUCACCUGUUCCGCUAACCAUAUCGCUGAACAUGUGAGUUUAGCCACGGCCAUCUGCUUAAGUUUACUCUGCUUCGUGCUCAUCAUCAUCUCAUAUGUGCGCAUCUUCCGGGCCGUGCUGAGAAUGCCGGUGGACGAAGGCCGGGCCAAAGCUUUCUCCACAUGCCUGCCCCACCUCUUCGUCGUCACUCUUUUCAUCUCUUCUGGAUUCUUCGCCUACCUGAAGCCAGUAUCGGACACCCCGUCAGCAAUGGAUCUACUGGUGUCUGUGUUCUACGCUGUGGUUCCCCCGACCCUAAAUCCACUCAUCUACAGCCUGAGAAACCGUGACAUGAAGGCCGCUAUGAGCAAGCUUCUUGGACAGGAAAGCUUUCGAAAAGAAAAAUUAAGUCACGAGAACAGCAAGACCUUGCGCCGGCGCUUCCCGUGGUUCCGCUAUCGGGAGGUGUCCGGGCCCCGCGAAGCCCUGAGGCAAAUGCGGGAGCUGUGCCAUCUGUGGCUGAGUCCGGAACUGGUACUGCUGGCGUUGGACAAGUUCCUGACCAUCCUGCCCACCAAUACCCAGGCCUAG